AUGAAUUUAUAUCAUCUUGAAAAUCAUUUAUUUCAGCUAACUCUUAUUUUGGCGAUAUUUUCUGCAUUGGUGUUGAGUGAAAGCAUUAAUGGCAAUAAUAAAAGCAUUGAAAAUUAUAAUAAUACAGCAGAUGAUGUAAUUGAGAAUAAUGGAGGUCAAAUUAUUAUGGAAGAGGUAGAAAAUGUGAUUAAAAGAUUAAAGGGAGACACCAAUUUAACUUUUAAUUCUGACAAGCUUGAUAACAAAACUGAAGUAGUUCGUGAAAUUACAGAAGAAGAUAUUAAAAAAGUUUACGAGGAAGAAAAGAUGGAAAAAAAUAAGAUCCUGAAAGAAAUGUUUGAGACUCUUUUGGAACAUGAAUUUGAUACUAAUUUAACCCGAAGUAAUAAAUUUGAAAGUUUGACACCAUUGAAAAAAGGGGAAGAACUUUCAAACGUAAUUAUUGAUGAAAAUUUUUUGUCAAAGUUAAAUGACCUUGAUUGGCAAAUCACAAUGGAAAAAAUGCACAAUACAAUUUGGUACUAUUGGAAUAAUGAGGUACAUAAAGAGUAUGUCCAAAGGAUUCCUUCAGCAUUGCGUCAGCUACGACAGAUCUCAAAAAAAAUGGGAGGUUCGUCAUUGUUUGAUGAUGGGGAAUUGGGAGACACAAUUGGCAAGCUAAAUAAUAAGCCUAAAAGUGCAGACAGAAAAAUUAAAAAGUUAUUUAAGAAAUUAUUUCUGAAUGAUUUUACAAGUAAUACUUCAGAGAUUAAAUAUAAAAGAUCUGAGGAAGCAAUGAUUAAUAUGGUUAUUGAAUUUAAAGGGUACAUAAGAAUAUUAUUGAAACUUAUUGAUAUUAAAGCAUCCCAAGUUGGGCUCUUAUUAUUAAAUAAAGUUCAAAGCAAGGAUUUCAAAAAUUUAUCUAUUAAUUUGAACCUAUUCAGAAAUAAUAUUAAGAGUUGUCCAGUACAUACUGCCUUUAGUUAUAGAUAUCAAGAUGAAAACUUUGAUAUUUUAAUGCAUCAUGAAAAAGGGUUUGGUAUAUGGAACACUGGAGAUUUAUCAAAUACUGAUCGAAAAAAAAGCAUAGAAAUUUCCAGAGAAAUUGAUGAUAUGAUCAACUUUAUUUUCAAUGAAUUUAUAGCCCCAAUUGCAUUAGUUGGUUCAAGUAUUGAAGAUAUUGCUUUUAUUCAUUCUUCUCUUGUCAGAAAUUUAUGGAAGAAUAUUUCAGCUCAAAAUAAAGUACCUCUUUACACAAUUUUUGACUCAAUCUCUAAAGCAACAUUUUUCUUUAUUAAACAAAUUAACGACAAAAUAUACAUGGUAAAUAAUAGUUAA